CAUCCUGGGGACGCCCGCACCGGGCCGUGGCCGGGCCGCGCCGGCUGCAAGGGCAGCAGGAGCCGCGGGCGGCGGCGGCGGCUCAUGCUCGGCCUGUCCCCGCGCGGGGCGGGCACCGUGACUCGGCUGGGCCCCCAGCGGCGGGCGAUGUGAAGAUGUCAGUGGGCUGUGCCUGUCCUGGUUGUUCCUCAAAGUCAUUCAAGCUGUACUCGCCGAAGGAGCCCCCGAACGGCAACGCCUUCCCCCCCUUCCAUCCCGGCACCAUGCUAGAUCGGGAUGUAGGCCCAACUCCCAUGUACCCGCCUACAUACCUGGAGCCUGGGAUUGGGAGGCACACACCAUAUGGCAACCAAACUGACUAUAGAAUAUUCGAGCUUAACAAACGUCUUCAAAACUGGACAGAGGAGUGUGACAAUCUCUGGUGGGAUGCUUUUACAACAGAGUUCUUUGAGGAUGAUGCCAUGUUAACCAUCACUUUCUGCCUGGAGGAUGGACCAAAGAGAUAUACCAUUGGCCGGACCCUGAUCCCACGCUACUUCCGCAGCAUCUUUGAGGGGGGUGCUACGGAGCUGUACUAUGUGCUUAAGCACCCCAAGGAGGCAUUCCACAGCAACUUUGUGUCCCUUGACUGUGAUCAGGGCAGCAUGGUGACCCAGCACGGCAAGCCCAUGUUCACCCAGGUGUGUGUGGAGGGCCGGUUGUACCUAGAGUUCAUGUUUGACGACAUGAUGCGGAUAAAGACAUGGCACUUCAGCAUCCGGCAGCACCGAGAGCUCAUCCCCCGCAGCAUCCUUGCCAUGCAUGCCCAGGACCCCCAGAUGUUGGAUCAGCUCUCCAAAAAUAUCACCCGGUGUGGGCUGUCCAAUUCUACUCUCAACUACCUCCGACUCUGUGUGAUACUUGAGCCCAUGCAGGAGCUCAUGUCCCGCCACAAGACCUACAGCCUCAGCCCCCGCGACUGCCUCAAGACCUGCCUUUUCCAGAAGUGGCAGCGCAUGGUAGCACCCCCUGCGGAGCCUGCACGGCAGCAGCCCAGCAAACGGCGGAAACGGAAGAUGUCGGGGGGCAGCACAAUGAGCUCAGGGGGUGGCAAUACCAACAAUAGCAACAGCAAGAAGAAAAGCCCAGCCAGCACGUUCGCCCUCUCCAGCCAGGUACCUGAUGUGAUGGUGGUGGGGGAGCCCACCCUGAUGGGCGGGGAGUUCGGGGACGAGGACGAGAGGCUCAUCACCCGGCUGGAGAACACCCAGUUUGACGCAGCCAACGGCAUUGACGACGAGGACAGCUUUAACAACUCCCCAGCCCUGGGCGCCAACAGCCCCUGGAACAGCAAGCCUCCAUCCAGCCAAGAAAGCAAAUCGGAGAACCCCACAUCACAGGCCUCCCAGUAAAGGUCUUACCAUGGCUACCCAGUGCUCUGCGUGCCUGCUCCACCCCUUGCAGCCCCAGGGAGCAGAAGACAGAAUGAAAAGACUGAGCAUCUAAAAUGGUCAGGCUCCGUCUACUUCAGGGAGGAACUGGACUCGGUGGGGGCAGGUGCCAAGAUUUGCCCCCCGGUGGCCCUGGGUUGGGCCUGGCCUCUUCAGAGCCUUUUGGGGGAAAGGGAUACUCAUGCGGAUGUCUACAUGAACUCUGGGCCUCUGAAAAAUGUCCUGACCAUCCGGAGCAUUUACUUCCAUCCUCACCCCACAUCAGGGUUCCCCAUCCUCCUGACUCUACCCCUUCAAGCCUGGGGUUGUCUGUACCCACAGCCGUUAGGGAUUUAAAGUUAUGGGACUUGGUUCAGUGACCCUCCCCCAAACUUCCCCCCAGGUGGCUGGUCGUAGAGGGGUAAAGCUCUGGGCUCCUCUCUGCUGCCACCUAUCUCAGCUCCAAGUUUUUUUUUUAAAAUAAUAUUAUUAAAAAUGUAAGUUUAAAAACAAGCCACUCAUGUACCCCCUUUUCCCCUUAUUAAAAAUCCAGCUACCUCCCUACUCCUGGCUUAGGUGGAGGCGAGCGUGAGGGUAGGGGGUACGUAUCACCAUUUUAUAAAGUGUGAGAGCUUCAGACCAAGGAGACACUUUGCCAUCUCUUCCCUUUUCCUCUGGGGUGACUGGAGUUGGGGAAGGCAUGCCAUGGGGUAAGGGACCAUUGAUGGCCUCGCCUUUGUGACAGCUCCUUGUUGUUGGGCUGUCUCCCCAUCCUCCAAGACUCUGUCCUGCCUCCUAGUGCUUGUGAUUCCCUCUAGCCCAGCCCUCAAUCCCCUGUCCCGGUGGUGUGAAUAUUCUUUACAAGCCUCCACUAGAGCAGCUGUCUUGGAUGGGGGUGCGGGGAGGAUCCCUCCCUUGGAGUGCGGAGGGAAGGGAGCAGCCUUGUUUGUUUGUCCUGUGUUUCUUGUUUUGUCUCAGUUGGGCAGACAUGGGAUGGGGCAGGGGUUCACUCCAGUACUUGUUCCCCAGCCCCUCAAACUGCAUAUGUAGUCCUUCCCUGCCCUCCGUAGAGGGGAAGGAGCCUCUGAGGAUAUCCCAGCUCUUAAGCCCACUAGGGAACAUAGGCCUCUGCCUCAAGCUGAAGUAGAGGGUCUUCCUCUACUUCAUAGAAGCCCCUCCCUCCCCUUUCUCAUAGAAGGGAGGUGGGGGAGCCAGGAUCCUUAGUUCUGUUUAACAGUUGGACAUGUGGAGGCUUGACCCAGGGUGAGGCCAAAGCAGGGUCCUAUCAGUCUGGGCCCACCUCUGGCUUUGCUACCUGUUCUGUGGCCAGAUCCGGAAGUGCUAGCACCAUCUCUCCCCACUCAUCCAUGUGGAUUUUGGGGUCCCCCACACUCUGCUUCCUCCACUGGGUAUUGUGUCAGGAGCUGAGGGAAGGGGUGGUGAAGAUGGAUGUCCUGCCCCAACUGUAAUGCCUUUUUUUUUUUGGGGGGGGGCCAUUUGAGUCAUGUAUGGUACCGAUCAAUAAAGAGACUUUUUGGUUUGAGA